CUAGAACAUUCUCAUAACAUUCUUGUCAAAUCUUUUGCCGAUCAGCUGGAAGUUACUGCUUGUACUUACUGUAAACUAAAUAUAUUUUGGUGUUUGGUCGAUGAGGAAAAGAAUUAUGCAUUGCAGCCCGAUAAAACAAUAUUUAAACACAGUGAUAUGAUACAAAAAUAUAUAAACAUAUGACAGUCUUUCCUCUGGUAUGUAAUGCUAAAACAAAUUAUCAUUACAUGCAGACAAUAUUUUUCGUGAUGUCAGGCUAAUACAAGGGUUAAUGAAGAACAUAAGAACAGGCAUAAGGCUGGAGCAAGAAGCUGUUCAAGCUAAUAAGUCGCAGUUGCAGCCAAACGUCCAACACCACCAAUGAGGGGAUGGUGCGGAGGGAUACGCGGUGACGUUUCCAACUGGAGGCUCCUCCGCAGCGGUGUGAGGAGGAGAGAGAGAGAAAGAGAGAGAGAGAGGUAGGAAGCAGAGGGUGAACACUCGGUCCCACACUCAGCAGCAUCAUGGCACCAAUCGGAUUAAAGGCGGUGGUCGGCGAAAAGAUUAUGAAUGAUGUAAUCAAGAAGGUGAAGAAGAAGGGAGAAUGGAAGGCGCUUAUUGUGGACCAACUGAGCAUGAGGAUGUUGUCGUCCUGCUGUAAGAUGACAGACAUCAUGACAGAGGGCAUCACCAUUGUGGAGGACAUCCUCAAGCGACGAGAGCCUCUUCCCAGCCUGGAGGCCAUUUACCUGAUUACACCCACAGAGAAGUCUGUCCAAACCCUCAUCGCAGACUUUAAAGAUCCUCAUUCAACUAAAUACAAGGCAGCCCAUGUUUUCUUUACUGACUCCUGCCCUGAUCCUCUGUUCAACGAGCUGGUGAAGAGCCGCGCUUCCAAAACCAUCAAGACUCUGACGGAGAUCAAUAUCGCCUUCUUGCCCUACGAGUCUCAGGUGUACUCUCUGGACAAUGCAGACGCCUUCCACAGUUUCUACAGCCCACAUAAGACCCAGCUGAAGAACCCGGUGAUGGAGAGGCUGGCCGAGCAGCUGGCCACGCUCUGCGCCACCCUGAAGGAGUACCCUGCCGUCAGAUACCGAGGCGAGUACAAGGACAAUGCCACCCUGGCCCAACUGGUUCAGGACAAACUGGACGCCUACAAGGCUGAUGACCCCACUAUGGGAGAGGGUCCAGAUAAGGCUCGCUCACAGCUGAUCAUCCUGGACAGGGCGUUUGACCCCGUCUCUCCUGUCCUGCAUGAACUCACCUUCCAGGCCAUGGGCUACGACCUCUUGCCCAUCGAAAACGAUGUGUACAAGUAUGAGACGAGUGGCAUCGGAGACUCUCGUGAGAAGGAGGUUCUGCUGCAUGAAGACGAUGACCUGUGGGUGAGCCUGAGACACAAACACAUAGCGGAGGUGUCCCAGGAAGUGACACGCCAGUUGAAGGAGUUUUCUGCCAGCAAGCGGAUGAACACUGGGGAGAAGACCACAAUGAGGGACCUGUCCCAGAUGCUGAAGAAGAUGCCUCAGUACCAAAAGGAGCUCAGCAAGUACUCCACUCAUCUGCAGCUGGCUGAGGACUGUAUGAAGCAUUACCAGGGAACAGUGGACAAACUGUGCCGUGUGGAACAGGAUCUGGCUAUGGGCACAGACGCUGAGGGAGAGAAGAUCAAAGACCCCAUGAGAGCUAUCGUGCCCAUCCUGCUGGAUGCCAACGUCAGCACAUAUGACAAGAUCCGCAUCAUCCUGCUCUACAUUUUUCUCAAGAAUGGCAUUACGGAGGAGAACCUGAACAAGUUGAUCCAGCAUGCUCAGAUCCCCCCUGAGGACAGUGAGAUCAUCACCAACAUGGCUCACCUGGGCGUCCCCAUCGUCACAGAUUCCACCCUCCGCAGAGGAAAGAAGCUGGACAGGAAGGAGCGUGUGAGCGAACAGACCUAUCAGCUGUCCCGCUGGACACCACUGGUCAAGGACAUCAUGGAGGAUGCUAUUGAGGAUAAGCUGGACACCAAGCACUACCCCUACAUCUCCACCCGCUCCUCUGCCUCCUUCAGCACCACUGCAGUCAGUGCUAGGUACGGCCACUGGCACAAGAAUAAGACACCUGGAGAGUACCGCACUGGCCCACGUGUCAUGGUCUUCAUCAUUGGCGGCGUGUCCUUCAGUGAGAUGCGCUGUGCCUAUGAGGUCACACAGGCCAAUGGGAAGUGGGAGGCCGUUAUUGGAUCGACCAACAUCUUCACCCCCACCACCCUGCUGGAGCAGCUCAAGGCCAUGAACAAACCAGAAGAGGAAGUGACAAGCUAAAAUCCUCAUAUCACAUCUCUCUCCGCUUUACCUUAACCCUGACUACCCCCUUAACAUCCCCACCAAAACCCUACUUUAAGUGUGUAUGCAUCUUGCUUGAGAAGAAAAAAAAAAGACAUCUCGGAUGAUAAAAAAAAAAAGAAAAUACAUGUGGUAUCAAAGAAUAAAAUUGUUGCAAGUAUUCUCAUGUUUUACAAUGGAUGCAACUAGAUGACUAGAAGCUUAUUUAAAAAGGUUUAAAUAUCAGAACAGAAGGCCAUUUAAAACUGAAAGUACCAAAAUGUAAUAUUGUAUGCUAUGAAACCUGCUAGAAUGUGUAAAGGUUUUUCUCGUUUGUUCCUUUGGGUUUCCUCCUCAGUGUGAGUUUUAUUGGGAACGGGUGGAGGGAUGUGCAGUUUGAGAGGUUGAUGUUGUAAAAUAUAUCAUAUCAGUCAACAGGCAAUAUAUAAAUAUAUAUAGAUAUAUUCAUCAGAGAGGAGUCCCCCCCCAGCCCAUUUAAGAUGUUCGUAUUCAGUAGCAUGCUUGGACUUGUGUGGACUGUUAAUGUGUUUGUGUGUGUGUGUGUUCUGGGAGCCACAUUUAGCAUUUAGCUUUUUCCUAAGAUGUUGGAUACUCCACUGAAAACCUUUGUUCUGAGUAUCGAAAAGUAUAAAAACGUGCUUCGAAACUUUUCAAACCACUCCUGAAGCAUUAUCCACUACUCAACAAACAGUGUGAAAACUCAGCUGCCAGUGUUUUAGGUAUAUUUUUCCAAAAUACUGCGCUAGUUGUGCACAAAAAAUAUGCUAACAAUAAAUCAAUAAAAAAUUUUACUCUUUGGAACAUACUGGGCACAGUUGGACAGAGAAUAAGUGGACAAUGCUUACGGAGUGGUAGAAGUGAUGAGGAUGUUUUGAUACAGUUUUUCACGGUGAAACCAUCGUGUAUGUGUAUCCAAGCUAACCUCGGCAGCUGUCCUCCUGCAAAUUUCCAUCUUGUAACACCUCUUCCCAAUGUACAGAGAGCUCUAAUGAAUAGAGGGCAAAAAAUUGUCCACAUGUACCACAAGCAAUGUUGCCCACGUUGACUGGAGGGGAAACAGAAACGUCAAGGUUGAUUUUGUCCAAUGAAAAUAUGUUGGAGUUACGCGAAACUUGGAACCAGGGCAAGAGUGUCUUAGCCUGUUUGCUGAGUCACGUAGCAGGUUAGGACACCCCCAUUGGGAAAAACUCAAACAAGCAGAUACUUGCUAGUUAGCCCUAUUCUAGGCAAUGCAACGUGAAAAACUUUGUUUGAAUGAAGUUGAAAAUGUUUAACUGUUGGGAACUCGUGUGAUCUGCCGAAAAGUGACUUUGUGGUGUGAAGGAAGUUUAGUGUAUUCCUGCAGUGGAUGAACUGAUGUGGAGGAAAAAAUCUUUGUAACUUGUUACUUUCUCAGAUCCAUUUUUUCUAUGUCCCUUGCCUCCAGGAUCACAGAUACAAAGUCGAAGUACUGCUUGGCACAAUAGAUGUUUGAUAAUGAGAAAGCUAACGUUACUCGCUAGCUUGCGACAAGUUAAAAGAGGCAGAGGUUACGUUGCUGUGUUUGAUACUCAACGCAUACAAUUCUGGUUAAGUAUACGUUUAAAAACGCUUGGUUUAGCAAACAUUGGAAAGAGAAAAAAGCCAGAAACACCCCUCCUCCGGCUGCCGAGACUGUAAAGUAGUUACUUGCCACGUUUUCCUUUGUCCAGAGAAACUUCACGUUUUAUUGUGGAAAAGGCCGUUGCUUGCUGAUAUUUAAUGAAUAUUAAAAGGGCCAGUUGUAUUUCAGUAUUGUAUCCUGUCUGAAUAAGUCUUAUCAUUGGUUAGUAAUGUUUAAUUGAGCCAUGCACUGAGUAGUGUUGUGUAUAUGCCAUAUGUUGCUGUUUUAGCUCUCACUGUCGACUGGUGAAAUUUUCUGACUUCGAAGUAGUGAUACUUUUCCUUUAAAGAUGCCAAUGUGAAGCCGCCGUGUUUGUGAUGUUUAGCUGUAGCUGUUAGUCGUCAACUGAGAAAAAAGAACUUUAUCCGUUUCCUCCUCUGGUGCAAUGUAAAACCCUCCAAUGGCGAAUGGCUUUGCAAAAAACUUAAACCCACCCUUUUCACUUUUAUUUCCUCCCCUCCUUCCCCUUUCCUGGCCAACAAGUUGUAUAUUGCACUAUAAUGCGUUUUCUGUGAUGCAAACGCUUGACUUUGUGUUUUUUUUUUCUACUAUAAUUUGCUGUUGUAUAGGGUUAUAGGGUUGUCAAAUUAAUUGAUUUAUAUCAAAAUUAUUUAUCAGAGAAAAAAAUAAUAAAUACAUUAGUCUGUCCUAAAACUGUUUAACUUAUUGGGAUUGUAUGUUUGCGAGUGUUGAAGCACAAACAAUACUUCCAUGUGUACCUAACAUGUACUAAGGCUGUCUAAUAAAUUGGCUUCCAUUACA